GACUAUGAAGAGCUAGAAAAGCAGCUGAAAGAAGUCUUUAGGGAACGAAGCAACAUCCUCCAUCAGCUGACAAAGACAUCAAGAGAACUUGGUGGAAUUAAAGUCAACUUUCAGUCUUUGAAAAAUGAUGAGAAAUCUUCCAAAACUGAUGUUGAGAAGCUUCUGGAAAUAGGUCAGAGACAAAGAGAACAAAUGAAGUCUCUCCAGGAGGUCCUGCAAAAUCAACUUAAAGAGACAACUGAGAAAGCAGAAAAACAACAAGCUACUAUUAAUUUUUUAAAGACUGACAUGGAAAGAAAGAGCAAAAUGAUUCGAGAUCUCCAGAAUGAGAAUAAAAGCUUGAAGAACAAACUCUUGUCAGGAAGCAAGCUGUGUGGCAUCCAUGCAGAAGAGUCAAAAAAAAUCCAAGCCCAGCUGAAGGAGCUUCGUUAUGGGAAGAAGGACUUAUUAUUUAAGGCCCAACAACUUACUGAUCUGGAACGAAAAUUAGCUGUGGCCAAAAAUGAGCUGGAGAAAGCAGCUCUUGACCGGGACUCACAGCUAAAAGCAAUGAAAGAGACUGUACAUCUCUGCCUGUCAACCGUGUUCCGUAAUCAACCUCCCCCUUUAAGUCUAACGAGGCCAAAUCCAACUCAGCUGCCAAUUCUACCUGGGACGGUUGGCCCUGUGAUUCCUGAUGCAAGUUCAAAAUUCCAGCCUCAGCAAAUCUUUCCUGGAAGGAAUGAGAGCUCUCACGUUGAAACAACAAAGGAAGAAAAUCCCAACACCACUGAGUGCAAUUCUCAAAAAGAUGGCAGGACCUGCUCAACAAAGCACAAAAACAUUCCCCUAAUCAAUACCACUAAAGAGCCAGUGACUGCCCCAAAGAAAUUGCAAAUGCCUCCUUGUACUGAAUGUGAGGUGAAAAAAAACCCGGAAAAACAAUUGACCAACUUUGAAGGGAGGGCAACUAGAGAAGAAAAAAUACUGUAACUAUCAAGAAACUGUGUUAAAAACAUGCACUUAUGAUUGUCUUCAUACUCUUUUUCAACCACAAGCUUGAUGGAAAUACUAAGUUUUUAAAGCAUGCAACUUUUUCACAAUUUUCUGUAACUUUAUAUAGUCUAUAAAUUUUCCAGAAGAUUCCAGGCC